GAACUCCACGCAGGCGUUCUCCUGCCGACGGUUUCAUUACAGAGCCCAGGAUGUGGAGGGCGGUGGCUACCAUCCUGCCAUGGGUCAAAGUCCCCGGAGGCCGGGCCUGCUGCCUGCUCACCGAGACCGCUCGGCAUCGCCAGCCAGGUGCUGCUCUGGGGGCCUGCACCGCCCGGCUGCUCAGCAUGAGCCCCGGGAUACACAAGGUGGAAGCUUUGGAUGCGGGUCAUUUCGUCCGCGUGGAGUGGGAGGAUGGGAGUGAGAGCCGCUACCCCUGCGUCUGGCUGAGGGACAACUGCCAGUGUCCCCACUGCUUUCUGCGCUCGGCCAGGGCUCGCAAGCUGGUCCUCGAGGACCUGGACGUGAACAUCGUGGUGAAGGAAGUCGCUCUGGCAGAUAGAAAAAAGAUCUCUAUUACGUGGCCUGAUGAACACGCAAGCGAAUAUGAAGCUGAGUGGUUAAAAAAACGAUGCUUCUCUGAAGAAGCCAGAGCAGAAAUGCGAGAAGAUUUGUUUUUACCAG